AUGGCUAGCCCUAAUGUUCUUACCUUUGAUGCUGAGGGGCGUGCGGUUGACUUUGAUGUGUGGGUUGACGACAUGCAGCUCUUUCUUCGGUGUGACUCUAAGGACGGAGUAUCCCUUUUCGAUCACACGUCCGGUGUCUCUCCUGCACCUGCUGCCACUGCUGACAGUACGGUUCGCUCGCAGUGGACCACUCGUGAUGCUGUUGCUCGCCCAGCUGUUCGUAGUCACCUGCCGUCUGCUGAGCGCGCGCACUUUGGCCAGUACAAGACUGCUAAGUCUUUGUAUGACGCUGUCGUAGCGCGCUACUCCUCCCCUGCCACUGCUGCCCUCAGCCGCCUCAUGCUUCCGUACCUGUUCCCUGACCUUGCCGCCUUUGCUACAGUCGCUGACCUCAUUACUCACCUCCGCACUAGUGACGCCCGCUACCGCGCUGCGCUUCCCACUGAGUUCUUCAGGGACCACUUUCUCUCCCUUUGCCCCACCGAGCUCACCGUCGACCUGCUAGAGGAGCGCCUCACUGCAGCUGAGAAGAGUAUCGUUGCUGUAGGUGCUUCUCGCGGCGACCCUCGUGCCCCUUUCUUUGAGGGGUGUUCCCCUGUCCCCCUUCUCCCCUCUGUUGCUUCUGCUGGUGCUGUCGACCUCGUUGGCACUGAGGAGGUCGGGGCUGCGUCUGCUCCUAGUGGGAGGCGCCGCAACAGCAAGGGCAAGGGGGGCAAGGGUGGUGGAGGGGACGGUGGGGGCGGCGGUGGAGGCGGUGGAGGAGGCGGAGGGGGUGGCGGUGGAGGUGGGGGUGGUGGUGGGAGUAGGGGCUUCGGUGGCGACGGUGGGGGUGGUGGAGGCAGCGGCAGCGGCGGUGGAGCGGCAGCGGUGGUGGAGGUGGUGGCGGCGGUGGUGCUGGUCGAGGUGGAGCCGCACAGCGUGGAGGCUUUGGUGGUAGCCAGCGCCAGCAGCAGCCGCGUUCCCUUUCCUGACGAUGUUGAGCUCCCUCGCUGGGGUGAUCUGCUUAAGCAGAAUGUGGCUAUCUUUGAUCUUGAUUUCGAUGCUAUCCUUGCUGCCAUGUAUGCUGUGACUGAUAGUGCUGAGGGUGACUGUUACCUGUGUGUACCGCCCGACCCGGGCAUUGAGGCUGCUGCUCUAGGUGCUAGUGAGUCUGCUGCUCCAGGUGCUGGUGAGUCUGCUCUCUUUGGUACUGCACCUACUGAGGCCUUGCACACUUUCACACUUGACUGCGGUGCUUCGCGCUCUUUCUUUCGCGAUAGCACCACACUCACGCCGCUCAAUCGGCCGGUCGCAGUCUCCCUGGCUGACCCCUCUGGGGGUCCAGUCCUUGCUCACUCCUCCACGGUUUUACCGUGUCCUGCAGCCCCGUCAGGCUUGCUGUCGGGACUCCACCUCCCCUCGUUCUCUACGAACCUGGUGAGUGGAGCUGACCUCCAGGACGUGUGGGUUGACCAGUUCACCCCUGGAGGUCAGCGUGUGACCCACUGCACUUGCUCUCGGACGGGCCGCCACCUGGCCACGUUCACCCGUCGGCCUGGGUCGAGUCUGUACACACUGACUACUGCGUCUCCUCCGGUUGCUGCGUCUGGUCAGGUAGCCGCGUCUGGUCAGGUAUUUGCUGCUGCGUCCAGGUCUAGUCCGGCGUCUGCCCCCUGCUCGUGUCGUCCUCUGUCACACCAGACUCUCCUUUGGCACCACCGCCUUGGUCACCCCUCCCUGCCUCGUCUUCGAGGUAUGGCCUCCCGUACCCUUGUCUCUGGUCUCCCCCGGUCCCUCCCUCCCCUUCCUCCGGGGCCUGCGCCUACCUGUGUUCCUUGUGUCGAGGGCCGGCAGCACGCCGCUCCUCACUCCUCCGAGUUCCCUCCGACAGAGGCUCCCCUGCAGACUCUCCACAUGGACGUGUGGGGCCCAGCCUGUGUCCGUGGACAGGGUCACGAGCGUUACUUCCUACUGGUCGUUGACGACUACUCGUGUUACACCACAGUCUUCCCCUUGCGCCGCAAGGGUGAGGUCACUGAGGUGUUGAUCGACUGGAUCCGCGGUGCCCAUCGCCAGCUCAGCGAGAGUUUCGGCUCGGACCUUCCUGUUCUGCGUCUGCACUCAGACAGAGGUGGUGAGUUUUCCUCCGACCUUCUGAGGGCUUUCUAUCGUGCGGAGGGAAUCCGCCAGACGUUCACGCUUCCGGCCUCCCCACAGCAAAAUGGGAUUGCUGAGCGCCGCAUUGGCAUGGUCGUGGACGUCGCUCGUACGUCCAUGAUCCAUGCGGCUGCUCCCCAUUUUCUGUGGCCGUUCGCGGUUCAGUACUUUGCGCAUCAGAUCAACCUUUAG